CUGAGACUAGUUCUGCUACUGUCUAAAUGUGUGUAUUACUACAAUACGUGGGUAUCGCUGAACACUAUUGUGCGCAGAGAGUGGCCAACAAGGCAACAUGCAGUGAUUCUAAUUUCUGAUGAUUAUCAUUUGUGUUGCGUGCAACUGACGGAGAUCUUUGCUAUUUUAAAUGUAGCUAUUACUACAUGAAUACGUGGGUAUAUGGCUGCACACUAUUGUGCGCAGACACUGGCCAACAACAACAACAUUCAUCACAGAAUGCAGUGAUUCUGAUGUCCUGAUGAUUCUGAUUCAUUUGUGUUGCGUGCAACUGAGCGAGUCUGAGAUUUCUGCUAGUCUAAAUGUGGCUAUUACUACACGAAUGCGCAGACACUGGCCAACAAGAAAAGUUAUUAGGCAACAUGCAGUGAUUCUGAUUUCUGAUGUCCUGAUGAUUCUGAUUCAUUUGUGUUGCGUGCAACUGAGCGAGUCUGAGAUUUCUGCUAGUCUAAAUGUGGCUAUUACUACACGAAUACGUGGGCAUAUGGCUGCAUACUAUUGGGCAGACGCUGGCCGACCUGCAGUCAUUAGUUUUACCACCGUCUGAUCACUCUGAUGCUUGAAAUGACAACUAAUAAUGUUAAUUUUUUCAUUUGUGUUUGGUUUUUUUAUUUAAAAAAACAUGUAAACAGGAUAAUCUCUUCAGUUAAAACAACUGCUAUAUGAUGGGUCUUGUCACUCUUGUGAACAAGAAAAGCACAUGCUAAAACAUAAAACCGAAAUUACAAUCUAUCUAUCUAUGUCUACUAAUAAAAAUGUACAAAUUUGAUUUUAAGUCUGUCCUUCCUAAAAAUACACAAUUCCCAUUUACAAGUACAAACUGAGAUUUUCGAAGGCAUGCAUGGUCAAAGGAAGAUGCGAGUUAGUAGUCACGUGUUGUUGCAGAAGACAUUUUAAGCUCUAGAUUAACCAAGAG